AUGAGAAGCUUCUUUCUACUCAGCGCCGUUGCCUUUAGCGCGGCCAACGCUGGUGUUUUAGACUAUCGUCGCCAGCCAAGAGGAAACUACGAUCUUCCUCCGGCCAUCACAACUUCGGCCUAUCAAGCCCCGGCCGUCUCUACUGAUCUUUAUCCUCCUCCCGCUCAGUCUGCCAAUACUGAGCCUACUGAGCAAGAGACUUCUCCUUAUGCUCCCCCUUCAGUUCCCACUGUCGCUACUUCCGAGCAUCAAGAAACUACCAACUAUGCACCUCCCGAGUCUGCAGCUACUGAGAGUGCAAGCAAGCCUGUUGAAGAUACUUCUGUUGUCGAGACUCCUUCCAACGCUUAUCCUCCUCCUGCCAACACUCAGCCUGGACAAGAUACUACUGAAGCUUCAACACCAACUGGAGCCUACCCCCCUCCUGUGAACACUCAAAAGACAGAGACUGAGCAAGAGACUUCUGCCGUUGUUACAUCUGAAGAGUCUACCCCUACCGGUGCUUACCCUCCUCCUGAGAACACCCCAUCUGAGUCUGAGCAUGAGUCUACUGCUGUCGAGACUACUGCCGUUGAGACUACUGCUGAGGGCAAGACCUCAACUGAUCUGUACCCUCCUCCCGCCAACACCGAGACCACCAAGCCCGGCAAGGAUACAACUGAGGCUCUUACCCCCACUUCCGAGUACACUCCUCCCGAGAGUACCGAUGUAACCCAGCAGGGAUCUACCGAUGUUGGCAGCUCUACUGACGCGUAUCCUCCACCCGAGGGCACCCCCACAACCCAGCCCAGUAGCGAGGGUACCACGGCUGCUUCCGAGACCACCAAGCCUGCUGUCGGCACCUCAACCGGUGUCUACCCCCCUCCCAAGGGUACCGACACUACCGACACUGGCGUUGAGACCGCAACUGGCAGUGCUUCUACUACACAGUGGACUACCUCGACUGUCUACACUACCAAUGUGUACACUGUCACCUCUUGCCCUCCCGAGGUUCCCGACUGCCCCAACGGUCAACAUGUCACUACCAAGACCAUCGCUGUGUCUACUACCAUCUGCCCCGUCACUGAGACCAAGCCUGUGACUGAGCAUGGCGAGACUGGUACUCCCACUUACCCUGUUCCCGGCUCUACCGAGACUGAGCACCAAGGUACCGAGACUGCUACUGUCUCCAAGCCUGGCGAGACCGAGACCAAGACUGAGUCUGUUCCUGAGGAGACUGAGACUUCUCCUGUCACUGGUGCUUACCCUCCUCCCAAGGUCACCACUGGUACCACUGAGGGAGCCGAGACUGAGACUCUUCCUGCAGAGACCGAGACUACCAAGCCUGCCGUCGGUACAUCCACUGAGACUGAGACUGUUCCCGCUGAGACUGAGACCACCAAGCCUGCUGUUGGUACCUCAACUGGUGUCUACCCUCCCCCCAAGGGUACUGACACUACUGAGACCGGUGUUAAGACUGAGACUGAGUCCCUCCCCGCUGAGUCCACCAAGCCCGCUGUUGGAACUUCCACCGGUACCUAUCCUCCUCCCAAGGCUACCACCGAGACAGCCACAGCCAAGACCGAGACUGUCCCCUCCGAAACCAAGCCCAACACUCAGCAGACCAGCCAGUGGACUACCUCAACUGUCUACACAACCAACAUCCGCACCAUCACAUCUUGCCCUCCUGAGAUCCCCGACUGUCCCAACGGCAAGCAUGUCACAACCGAGACUAUUGCUAUCUCUACUACCGUCUGCCCUGUGACUGAAGCCGGAUCUACCAAGCCUGCUACUGUCACCAAGGAAUCGCCCACCUACCCCGUUCCUACCCAGGCUACUGAGACAGAGGGCCAGUCUACUCUUCCUACUACUGAGACUGAGGAGUCUACUAAGCCUGUUACUCACCAUGAGGGAUCAACCAAGCCUGCUACCGAGACAGAGACUAAGCCUGCUACUGAGACCAAGCCUGUUGAGACCAAGCCCACUUACCCAGUCCCCGGUGAGACUAAGCCUGUCACUGAGACUGAGACCAAGCCUGCUACCACUGGCGGCGAGGAGCAUCCUACCGAGACCAAGCCUGCUGAGACUAAGCCCGCUACUGAGACUAAGCCUGCUAGCACCACUGAGUGGACUACCUCGACUGUCUACACCACCAACAUCCGCACCGUGACCUCUUGUGCUCCCGAUGUUCCUGACUGCCCUAACGGUAAGCAUGUCACGACUGAGACUAUCGCCAUCUCCACCACCGUCUGCCCCGUCACGGAAGAGCACCACACAGAGACGAAGCCUGCCCCCACCAAGCCUGUCGAGACCAAGCCUGCUACCGAGGGACAGUCCACCAAGCCAGUGGAGACCCAGCCCGCCACUGAGACCAAGCCAACUUACGCAGUUCCCACUGAGACCAAGCCUGUUGAGACAAAGCCUGCCACAGAGACGAAGCCUGCUACUGAAGGACACUCUACCAAGCCCGCCACUGGUGGCCAGUCUGAGGCUGGAUCUACUCAGCCCGCUUCUACUACUGAGUGGACUACUUCAACUGUCUACACAACUACCAUCCGCACUGUUACAUCUUGCGCUCCUGAGUUUCCCAACUGCGAGACACCUACUCCCCAUGUCACUACUGAGACUGUCGCUAUCUCUACCACUGUUUGCCCUGUUACUGAGCAGCACCAGACUCAGCCUAAGCCCACGCAGCCCAAGCCCACUCAACCCAAGCCUACUGAGACUCAGUAUACUCAGCCUGCCAAGACUACUGGCUGGUCAACCUCCACUAUCUACACCACCAGUGUUCGCACCGUCACUACUUGUGGUCCCGAGUUCCCUAACUGCGAGACACCUACUCCUCAUGUCACUACUGAGACUAUCGCUGUUUCUACUACCGUCUGCCCCGUGACUGAGCAGCACGAAACUCAGCCCAAGCCAACCGAGCAUCAGCAAACUCAGCCUCAGCCAGCCAAGACUACCGCCUGGUCUACCUCUACCGUCUACACCACCAGUGUCCGAACAGUGACUACCUGCGGCCCCGAGCACCCCAACUGUGAAACCCCCACUCCUCACGUCACCACCGAGACCAUCGCCAUCUCCACCACUGUCUGCCCAGUUACCGAGGAGCAGUCUCAUCCCACCAAGCCCGCUGGCAACGAGCAACCCAGUCAGCCCCACCAGACCUACCCCGUCCCUACUCAGCAGGUCGUCACAACCGGCUGGUCUACCUCCACCGUCUACACGACCAACAUCCGAACCGUCACUGCUUGCGCUCCUCAUGUUGCCAACUGCCCUGGUACUCCCCACGUCACCACUGAGACCAUCGCUCUCUCAACUACUCUCUGCCCUGUCACCAAGACUCAGGUCAUUCCCGGCCCUGGUGCUACUUACUACCCUCCUGGUAACUCGACAUCCACUCUUUACACCACCAAGUACUACACCAUCACCGCUUGCCCUCCUACAGUCACCAACUGCCCUGUCGGCGCCGUCACUUCCACCGUCUACGCUACAGCCACCACCCAGAUCAAGCCGUGGAACUCUCACGUCUACCCCUCUCCUUCCAAGAGUUAUCCUCCUACCAUCCCCACCCACCACGCUCCUGGCAACGGAACGGUCACCACCUUCAUCCGCUCUACCACCAAGCUCUACGAGACUCCUGUCUCGACCCCCAAGGCGGCUGAGCACACUACUACUUCCAAGGCUGGCUACGAGAAGCCUCCUUAUCCUGUUUACUUCUUUUAA